AUGUCUGCUGCAGAUGAUGACACGGAACUCAGGGAUCUUGUCAUCCAGAACCUGGAGAACAACGGAGUUCUAAACAAGCUAAAGGCAGAAAUGAGGGCCGCCGUGUUUCUGGCCUUGGAGGAGCAGGACCGACUGGAGAAUAAGACCCCGCUGGUCAACGACCAUCUCAAGAAAUGUCUCAGCACCAAAGAAGGUCGUCUGGUGGCCGGUCUCAUCGUGGACUUCAUGCGCGUCUUUCACCUGGACUUCAGCCUCGCCGUCUUUCAGCCGGAGAUCAACGCGCACCCGAGCGGUCUGGACGGUCGGCGACUGCUGUGCGGCGAGCUGGGCCUUUCCGAGGCGGAGCUUAAUGCAAACUCGCCCGUGCUGCUGGAGUUCAUCCGAAGAGGACGACGGCAGGUCGUCGAGGGGCCGCCGGAGGAGAAUGGGCUCGACGUCCACAAGGACCCGGCAGCGGCCGCAGAGCCCGACCGGCAGACGUGCGCCUUCGACAAGGAGCCGGGGUCCCCUCUUCCCUACGCCGAACCGGAACUGCGGGAGGUCGAGUACGACUCCUUUUUCGAGGACCCGCCGCCUCAGCCUCAAAAGACUUACGGAUCGCUGGCUGCUCGCCGUAGCGGACCGAGUCCGGCAGGGUCACGGUUGGACGCGGCCUCGAAGGCGGAGGGAGAAGAAGUCGGAGGAGGAGAAGUCUCGGGAAGGAGCCACAGUCAGGCGGGGUCGACCUCGAGGGAGAAAGCGUCCCGAGAGUCGGAGCUCCUGAGCGGCGGCUCGCUCCAUUUAGACGUCGAUGACGACGAAGACUACGACGACGACUUCAACAGCCACCCCUCGAACUUGUACAAGAGCGGGGCGAGCGUCAGCGAGGAAUUUGAGGAGGGCUCCAUCGGUGGACCCGAAUGCAGCGACAAGCUGGAGGACACGUUGGACGUGAGCGUCUCGCAGCCCAGUGUCGGACUACAUGGUGCAAACUACAUGGAGGAAGUGACCUCGCCGCCAUACGCCGCUCCCUCUUCUUCCCUUGCACGCAAUGAGUAG